CUGUUGAAAUCGAAUCGGUGGGCUAAAGGCCCAACCUUAUACCCCCGUCACAUAGAAGCGAUAUUCAUAGGAAACUUCUGAUUCUUCACGAGACUGUGUUUACGAGAAGAACUUGUUGACGAAAUCUUAUAUUGUAAUCGAUUAUGAAUCACGUUUGGUGAGAAAAUUCUGUGAAUUGGAUCUGCAUACAAGCAAAAUUGUGAAUUUAAAUAGGGAUUUCGAGAUCUGCCACCAACAACCACCACCAUGAGAGUGGCAGGGCAAUCACCACCACCACCUUCUCCGCGACAAUCAACACCGUCGUCUCCAUCCACAUUAACAGCAAAAGAUGCGGAAUCUCUCUUCCGUACCAAACCCAUAUCCGAAAUCCGAAAUGUAGAAGCUGCAACCAGAAAACAGAUCCAAGACAAGAGCGAAGAGCUCCGGCAGCUUGUCGGUAACCGUUACCGCGAUCUGAUCGAUUCCGCCGAUUCAAUCGUCAACAUGAAGUCAUCCUGCCACUCCAUCUCUGGCAAUAUAUCCGCUGUUCACGAUGGUAUCCUUCAUUCCCUUUCAUCUACCACGAUUAACCCUAAUUCUGCAUCUUCAAACCCUGCUAGGGCUCGUAUUUACGGCAUUGCGUGCCGUGUUAAGUAUAUAGUCGAUACACCUGAGAACAUAUGGGGAUGCCUCGACGAAUCGAUGUUUGUCGGUGCAGCUGCGCGAUACAUGCGCGCGAAAUUAGUUCACCAUGGUUUAACUAGCAACGAUGAUAACAAGAGCGUGUUAUUGAAAUUCCCUUUGUUACAACACCAAUGGCAGAUCGUGGAGAGUUUCAAAACACAAAUCUCACAGAGAAGUCGUGAGAGAUUGUUGCUAGAUCAAGCCGUAGGACUUGAGAUCUCUGCUUAUGCUGAUGCUCUUGCUGCUGUUUCAGUUAUCGAUGAACUCAAUCCGGCUCAGGUUUUUGAAAUUGUUGCUUGAUUCGAGAAAGUCUUGUGUUUCUCAGAAACUAGGUAGUUGUAAGGUGGCUAGUGAGGAUGUGAUCAUGGUGUUUUGUGAAGUAUUGAAGGUGAUCCAGGUUAGUGUAGCACAUGUAGGAGAGUUGUUCUUGCAGGUUUUAAGCGACAUGCCUUUGUUCUACAAGACAGUAUUGGGUUCACCCCCUGUUUCUCAGUUAUUUGGUGGGAUCCCAAAUCCAGAUGAAGAAGUAAGAUUAUGGAAAUCUUUUAGGGACAAAUUGGAAUCCAUAAUGGUAAUGCUGGAUCGUGAUUUCAUUUCCAAAGCUUGUUUGGACUUUUUAAGGAGUUGUGGGAAGGAGAUUGUCAACAAGGUCAAUGGGCGUUACCUAAUUGAUGCCAUUGAUAACGGGCAACAGCUUUCUGCAGCUGAGAAAUUGAUCAGAGAAACCAUGGAAGGGAAAGAUGUGUUGGCAGGGAGUUUGGAGUGGCUAAAAACCGUUUUUGGUUCAGAGAUUGAAAUGCCUUGGAGUAGAACCCGUGAGCUUGUUUUAGGGCAAUGAUGAUGAUCUUUGGGAUGAAAUCUUUGAAGAAGCUUUUGCAUCAAGAAUGAAAGCUAUAAUUCUCUCUGGAUUUGAUGAAAUGAAUAAGAUUGUUAAUGUCAAGGAGUCGAUUCUCACAAUCUCUGGUGACCAAGUUGACUUUCAAGCUUUCUUGAAUAGGUCUCCAUUAGGUGGUGGGGUUUGGUUUAUGGAGCCAACUAGCAAAAGAGGUGGUUUAGUUACAAGUCCUAAAGCAUCCAUGGUAGGUAAUGAUUAUCAAAACUGUCUAAAUGCUUACUUUGGUGAUGAAGUUGGGAGAAUCAGAAUGGCAGUUGAUAACCACUGCAAGAAUGUUCUUGAAGACCUUUUAAGCUUCUUGGAAUCUCCAAAAGCCUCUUUAAGGUUGAACAAACUAGCACCAUAUCUACAAAGCAAAUGUUUUGAAAGCAUUUCAGCCAUACUUACAGAGCUCAAGCAUGAAUUGGAGUACUUGUAUGCUACAUUGGGUAAUACUAAUUCAUCAUCAUCACCUCCAUCAUCAUCAUCAUCAUCUCCAUCUCCAGCUAUAAUUGUUGAAAGAUCACUAUUCAUUGGAAGACUCCUGUUUGCAUUCCAAAAGUACUCCAAAAACAUUCCUGUAAUCCUUGGUUCUCCUAGACAAUGGUUGAAUGAAAGUAGAGGAUCGGUAUCAGUAUCACCACUUUUGAGGUAUUCUAGUGGAAGAUUUGAUUCUUUCACUUCUGAAAACCAUGGAAAGAAAAUUCUCACCUCACCUAGAAGACAAUCUUCACUUACUGCUUCUGCAUUAUUUGGAGUUGAUGACACUUCAAGCCCACAGCUUUCUGAACUUAAAAAAACAAUACAAGAUCUUUGUAUCAAAGCUCAUAACCUGUGGAUAACUUGGGUUUCAGAUGAACUCUCUUCUCUCCUUUCUCAGAGCCUCAGAAAUGAUGAAUCUUUAUCUGCAACCACACCAUUGAGAGGGUGGGAGGACACAGUGGUUAAACAAGAGGAGUCUAGUGAACACCCAUCAGAGAUGAAGAUCUCACUUCCUUCAAUGCCUUCUUUAUACAUCACCUCAUAUUUGUUUCAAGCUUCUGAAGAAAUUCACCGAGUUGGAGGUCAUGUUCUUGAUAAACCAAUUCUACAAAACUUUGCUUCUAAAUUACUCGAAAAGGUGAUUGAUAUAUACACAAAUUUCCUCUCAAACAAUGAAUCUACUACAAAUACAACCCGUGUGUCUGAAAAAGGAGUACUCCAAAUCUUACUGGAUCUAAGAUUUACUGCUGACAUUCUAUCCGGAGGCGAUUUAACAGGAAAUGAAACCUUAAAAACAUCAAAAACAAAAACAGCAUACAGACGAAAACAAGAUGUUGUUCAACAAACAAAAACAGUUAUGAAAGAUCGCCUUGAUGAGUUGGCGAAUCGCCUCUCUCAGAAGCUAGACCCCAUAGACUGGCUCACGUAUGAGCCAUAUCUUAUGGAAAAUGAGAAGCAGUGUUACUUGAGACAUGCUGUUUUAUUUGGUUUCUUUGUGCAACUUAAUCGUAUGUACACAGACACCAUGCAAAAAUUGCCUACAAAUUCAGAAUCAAAUAUAAUGAGAUGCUCCACAAUUCCUCGUUUCAAAUAUCUUCCAAUCAGUGCUCCUGUGUUAUCUAAGGGGACAAGUAAGUCGCCUAUAUCAACAUCAUCUAUAGACAACAGUGUGACAUCAUCAAGUAAUUCAUGGAGAAAUUAUACACAAAAUGAGCAUAUGAAUAUGGAUCAUGACACUACAAGUUUAGGGGUUGCGACACCUUUCCUCAAGUCCUUCAUGCAGGUUGGCAGCAGAUUUGGGGAGAGUACAUUGAAACUAGGAUCGAUGCUGACAGAAGGACAAGUAGGGAGAUUUGGGGAUAUUUUACCUGCUCAAGCAGCUGGACUUCUUUCAUCAUUUACAGCUGGAAGAUCAGAUUAAAAUUUGGAUUUACUGAUCUUAUAUUUUCCAACAAUUAAACAAGUUCCAAAAACAUGGGAACUUAAGGUCUCACAUGAACUGCUGCUUCGAGGGGAUUUGUGAAGAGAAUAUUUUCAGGAGGGUUAAGUUUGUGUGUUUGUUGAUGUAAAAUUUUGGGAUAUGUGUGUGUAAACGAGGUGAAGACUGAACUUAUAAUUUCAUGUGUUUUAAAUUUUAUGAAGAAAAGCAAAUAGAAGAGAGAGGGAAGAGGGAAAGGGGGAGUUUGAAGAGGUUAAGUUUAGAAGAGUGUUUUGUGGACUACACAUAUUUGUAUACUGUUUUUAUAGCGACUUUAUUAUAUUUUCGUUGUUUCGAAACAUUUGGUAUUAUGUGUUUAUAAUUUGGAU